AUGCGUCUUUUUUUAUUUCUUAAGAGCUCUUGGUCUCAAGGCCGAAAAGGAAAACAUUACUUCUACCACACCAGGUCUGUUCGCAUGCAAGAAGAUCUCCUUUCAGUAUCAUUUCUAUGGCGGAAAGCAAGUAAAAGUCUUUACCUCCGUUGGCCAUACAAAGAAGAGCCAUGUCCUCGUAAUGGUGGCGCGAUCUGGGUUGACGAUGUCAUUGAAAGUGGAUUGACAGCAUGCGUUAGAGACAGCUCUAACAGUACUAAGGAAGUGAACUGGAUUGCUGUUCGGACCGCACCGUCGGGAUCGCAAAUAAACACCAAAUUGCUGAGCUCUUGGACAACUGGGACGGAAUGUGAGAGGAUGGAUUUCCAACAGGUAGAGUUGUGUUAAUCAACGAUUGAUUAAACAAGCGUGCUUUCGAAAACAAAGGCACUUGACCUUCCAUUAAACUCGCCGUAUGCAAUGUUCGAUAAUCUUUUAUAACCCGCUAACCCUGUGCAAAUCCUUACGCUUUCUCUGUUAAAGAAAAAAGCUCUUAUCCUUUUGGAUCUGAAAGAUGUUAGCGUUGUUCCUUUCCAACCUAUGUUUAAUCCAUAGCCUCACUGAACCCCAUUUAAUUUAUUAAAUAUAUUAACUCAAUUUACAAUUUCUUAUCUUUAAUAUCAUUAUUUUUAUCGUAAUUAUGAUUACUAUUACCGCUUGUCGUGAUGUUUCCUGCAAAUAUUUAGAUAUGGUAUGAUUUAUUUCCCUUCGAACUUCUCGCCCUUAAGUCUGUCGGCAAGGCCUUAAAAAUGUGUAACGGAUCCUCUGGUGUUUCAGCGUUUUUCAUCUCUUCCAGCUAUUUUCGUGACCGUCAGUCAUGGUGUUACCAACCGAACUUAAGAUGCCAUGGCCUUGUGGGUUGAGGACUUGACAGUAGACAGCUUUAAGAUUUGCUUGAGAGAAGCCAAGAUCUUCGAUGGUCCACACAAGAACCUAAAAAUAGUAAGUAAACCCGAAUUUUAUAAGGGCUGUCAAUGGAAGAUUUAUUAGGAGUAUACAACCUUUUUCGGUGAAGAGAAGGGUUUUUUCUCUUUAUCUUCUUCCUCUUUUUUUUUUUUUUAAGACAAAGUUAAAUAAAGCAAAAAAUAAAAAUAAAUAAAGUGAAUGAGAAAUAAUUAUCCUUUACUCUUACCAUAAACAUUGAAGCUGCCUCCUGGCCGAGAGAAACUCAUGAUGAGUAAAAACAAAGCUUAAUAUUCUAAGAUUAUAAAAGGAACUCUGAAAAUGCGUAUUUGAUUCACAGAAUUGGAUGGCUCUCACUGACAUCACCAUAGAUAACUUUACCCUUAUAAAUAGUUUGGUAUUUGCCAAUACAAAUUUGCUAUCUCCGCGGCAUGAUUACGCCUUUUGUCAAGUAAGUCAUAUUAAUACGGGUCGUCUUCUCUUUAUUGGAUCUCAGAGUAUGCGUGAGUGUCAUCGUUUUGCAUCGCUUUUCCUUUAAAUUACCCAACCUAAGUCUGGAUUUUUUUUACCGUGACAAAUAUCACGCACUUAGUCGCUCCCAAGAAAGUAUGUCCUUGGAGCAGUUCUACUCUGUGUACUUGUUACAAUAAGUAUAUAUAUCAUAAUUUUAUUAUUACUACAAUUGUUAUCAAUUAAUUAUUGUUAUUAUUGUUUUAUUUUUUUUUUUUACAAUCCAGACUGUAAACUUCACAGAGCCUUUCUAUGCUCCCCUAGUCGUGUUGAUUACUGCAAAGCGAACCACUAAUUACCUUCAAUCCGGGUUUCGAUGCAACGCUGUCACCAGCUGGGUCGAGGUGAGUAAUGUGUUUUAUUAUUGAUAUGGCCCAGACUGUAAACUUCACAGAGCCUUUCUAUGCUCCCCUAGUCGUGUUGAUUACUGCAAAGCGGAGCACUAAUUACCUUCAAUCCGGGUUUCGAUGCAACGCUGUCACCAGCUGGGUCGAGGUGAGUAAUGUGUUUUAUUAUUGAUAUGGCCUCGAAAGCAAAAAAUUGAAAAAAUAGAAACAAAGAAACAAACAAAAACUGGACUAUGAUCACUAUGUUACCAUAUUGAAAUGAUUUCCCUUCAUUUUUUCUCUGUAUUUAGUACACAUCUAAAAUUGAAGCUCAGAUUUGCGUCAAAAGGUUUAACAGCGAUUCCAAAGAUAAGGAUGUCAUCACCGUCGACUACAUGGUGACUGGA